CCAUAUAGUAUUCAAUCCAAUUGUGCAAGCUUAAAUUAACCCACUUCUACUCUACUCUCUUCCAAGAUUGACUCAGUGAGUCAGCCGAAACAUUGCUUCCAUGGCACUGCUAACCAUACUCUUUUCCUUGUUAUCCCUGCUUCUGAUUCUUGUUGCUUCCAACAUUGUAAAGAGCCAUGGAAUGGCACUGAGAGAAGCCACAGUGGAAGAUCUCCAACUGGCAUUCAAGCAAAACAGACUGACUUCCAGGCAACUCGUGGAGUUCUACCUUAGAGAAAUCCGGAGACUGAACCCGGUGCUUAAGGGGGUAAUAGAAGUGAAUCCAGAUGCGCUUUACUUGGCGGAUAAGGCAGACCAGGAACGAAAGGCUAAAGCACCGGUGACACACUCUAAUCUGCAUGGAAUUCCAAUACUGGUGAAGGACAAUAUUGCCACCAAAGACAAAUUGAACACCACAGCUGGCUCAUAUGCACUGCUGGGCUCCAUUGUGCCUCGUGAUGCUGGUGUGGUCACAAAAUUGAGGCAAGCUGGGGCUAUCAUACUGGGAAAGGCAAGCUUGAGCGAGUGGUCACAUUUUAGGUCCGACAAUGCACCUGGUGGUUGGAGUGCCAGAGGUGGCCAAGGGCUGAACCCUUAUAAUCUAUUGGCUAGACCUUGUGGAUCGAGCAGUGGAUCCGCCAUCUCAGUAGCUGCAAAUUUGGCAGCAGUGUCACUGGGAACCGAGACAGAUGGCUCAAUUUUAUGUCCUGCCAAUUUGAACUCUGUGGUAGGAAUCAAGCCAACAGUGGGUCUCACUAGUCGAGCUGGGGUUGUUCCCAUCUCCCCAAGGCAGGACAGCGUUGGGCCAAUUUGUAGGACUGUAUCAGAUGCCGUUCACGUUCUCGAUGCCAUUGUUGGCAUCGAUCAAAUCGACAUUGCAACAAUUGAGAUGUCCAAAUACAUUCCUAAAGGUGGCUAUGCACAGUUUCUCAGACGCGACGGACUCAAAGGAAAGAGAAUUGGAAUGGUCAAGGAUCCCUUCUUUGAUUUUGGCAACGACACUUUUCUGGCUCAAACAUUUGAGCUACAUUUCAAGACAUUAAGGCGAGAAGGUGGAAUCUUGGUAGACCAUCUGAAACUAGACAACGUAGGGGAGAUCUUUAGCUCCGCAGCCGAAAAUACUGCGUUGUCUGCUGAGUUCAAAAUAUCCCUAAACGCAUACUUAAAAGAGCUUGUGACUUCACCAGUGCGGUCCUUGGCAGAUGUCAUUGCCUUCAACAACAAAAGCAAAAAAGAAAAAGUGAAGCAGUAUGGACAAAACCUAUUUUUAACUGCCGAAGCCACAAAUGGAAUGGGAAAUGCAGAGAAGGCAGCACUUUCUUCAAUUGCACGCUUGUCAAAAAAUGGGUUUGAGAAGGUGAUGAAAAAGAAUAAGCUAGAUGCAUUGGUGGCUGGUGAUCCAUUUGAUAUUCUUUCUACACCACUUGCUCUGGGGGGUUUCCCCGGGAUAAUAGUCCCUGCAGGAUACAAAGAUGGUGUCCCGUUUGGCAUUUGCUUUGGGGGCCUAAGGGGUUCAGAACAAAAACUUAUUGAAAUUGCUUAUGCCUUUGAGCAAGCCACUAAAAUUAGGAAGCCUCCUCCGUUGAAAUUUUGAAAAACAUGUAGUUGUUACAACAUACAACAUGGGAUGUAUGUAUCUUGUACGUGAAUUUAAUAAGUUAAUAUGGAGUAUAUUCAUAUUCUA